AGACCGUAUACAACGCUGACAGAAGACAGUAGUGGUGAAGUGUGCAAUGUCGUCGGCCGAAGCAUCGAGCAGCAAGCUCCCUCCGAUUCAGAAGGGAGCUUCCCUCAUGAUCGCCUAUCGUUUAGAAGAUCGCCCGGUCCUACUCAUAGGAGGUGGAGUCGUGGCGGCUGGGAGACUUUUCUUCUUGCUCGAGGCUGGAGCUCGUGUGACGCUCGUAUCCCCUCCUCCACUUCACCCAGACAUAUCCGAACGGCUAUCGACCAACCCCCACGAUAUCACUUGGCAUUCCAGGUCGUUUGACCCUGUAAACGAUGACAUUCACGUCCAGGAUUUCGCCAUGGUCCUCACUGCCAUUGAUGAAGUUGAGAUUUCCAGACAGAUCUGUGAUCUUUGUCGGGAGCAUCGUGUCCCGGUGAACGUCGCGGACAUUCCACCCUCCUGUGAUUUUUACUUUGGUGCUCAACUUCGACGAGGUCCACUUCAAAUCAUGGUUUCCACGGGCGGCUCUGGACCUAAAAUCGGAGCCAUGGUCAGAGAUAUAGUGGAUCGAGCAUUACCUGAGAAUCUUGAAGAAGCCAUAGAAGGGGUAGGUCUGCUCAGAGGGGAUCUGAGAGUCAGAGCACAAGGUGUAGGUGGGAGCAUUGGAAGACGGAGAAUGCAGUGGAUGAUAGGGAUUUGCGAUGCGUGGGGGCUCGAGUCCAUGGCAAAGUUGAGGGAUGAAACGGUAAGGAAAGCAGUAUUGGAUCAUGGAUGGGAAGGAGACAGAGUUGUCAGGCCUUCCGAUGUGGGACUGAGAGAGGAGAAGAACAGAAGGAGGAGAUUGAUAGAUUGGUCCUAUGCCGGUUGGUAUGCGGCAGGUCUGGGCGGAAUGGUCACUGGAAUGACUUUAGGCAUGGUCGGCACCAUAUGGAUGCUCAAGAGGCCCUCACGGUAGGAAAGGGGUAUGAUAUCAUGCAUUGACAUGGACA